AGCCACCACAAAACUCAUUCCCAACCUUUUCGGCGUCCAGACCUAAAUACAUACCAAAAAUCAUGUUCAAGUCACUGCUUUUGUCCCUCCUCCUUGUCUCCGUCUGGGUGGGUGAGUUUGACCAUGUCGACGCUCACGGUAAGAUGAUGAAGCCCCCAAAUCGUUCCUCAAUUUGGAGAGUUCCAGAGUUCUCGAACCAAAAUCCUCCAGCCAAUUACAACGACAACGAACUCUAUUGCGGCGCCAUCCAUCAGGUUGACGACCCUGGGAGCAACUGUGGCGUCUGUGGUGAUCCUCAGGCCCAAAGUACUCCACGAGACAAUGAAGUUAAUGGAAGGUGGUACCGAGGAAUUAUCGUUGGGGAUUAUACCCGCGGACAGAAUAUCGACAUCGAGAUAGAUUUGAACGCGGCCCACCUCGGCGCGAUGGAAUGGAGGCUUUGCACCAAUCCGGCGACGGAGAACCAGGCCUGCUUCAAUAAUCACUUGCUCCAGCUUACGUCGGGAGGAACUAAAUUGUAUGUGACCCAAGGACCUGGAUUCUACAGGACCCAGGCCACCCUCCCAAGCGGUGUUACGUGUGAGCAUUGCAUCCUUCAAUGGAAUUACAGAGGAGGAAAUCAAUACGGUGACUGCGGCAAUGGGACGAGUGGACUCGGAUGCGGUCCGCAGGAAACCUUCCGAGGUUGUGCGGAUGUUAGGAUUCGAUAAUUUGCGAAAAAUGGCAAACACAUUAAAAACGAUUGUAAAUAAAUUUAAUUUAUCAGAGCAAUAAAUGGUAUUACACCAAUAUGACAUUCA